AUGAAGGACACACACAAAACCAAGGUGCCGCUGCCGGGCUCCAAGCAGAAGUCAAAACCUCAGAACACCCCAUCGAAAGCGCAAUUAAGCCAAGAAUUUGUCGACAGUGACAAUGAUUCUCCCAAUGAGAGCACCGCGCAGCCCAAGAAGGUCGAGAAGCCGAAAGCCACCAUCGGUAUCCAUGUGAAUGGCGUUCCUAAAACCAAGUCCAAACCUAGCAAGAAAGACGCGCCUGCCUCCAAAUCCACAUCCAAGUCCAAGGUUUCACCCAAGAAACCAGCAUCCAAGCAUAUCGCAACAGAAGAGGACGUCGCAGAUUUGUCGAGCUCAGAGAUAAGCGACGACGACGCGCCGACCAGGGAUAUACGGACGAAGCUUCCGGGUAACGAGAAGGGCAAGGAUGCUUCGAGCGACAGCGACAGCACAAGCAGCUCAGACACCUCCAGUGACGACUCAGACACUGACAACGCGCCGCAACCAACACGCAAACCAGCUCAAACACGUCCAUCACUUCCAGUGCAAUCACAAUCACAUGCAGUCGACUUUCGACCGACGCAGGCCUACGUACCCCCGAAAGGAUUCAAUCCAGUGGCAUUGAAUGACAAGACCAUUUCCAAGUCGACAGGACUGUUUGAUAACCUAGAAGGGAAGCAGGUAUGGCACAUUACUGCUCCAGCAGGUGUCUCCUUGAAGGACCUGAGCGAGGUUGCCAUGGACAAAGCUAUGAAAGGAGAGGCUAUAUUAAGUCACAAGGGCACCGACUAUGGAUUUUCUCAGACAGAAAAGAGCGAAGAUGGCACUCGGGAGGUUUUAUUGCCUCACAAGAACGGCAUGGAGCCUGUCUCUACGCGGAUAUCACAGACGUUGCGCUUGCGAUCGGUCGUGCGACUUCCUCACCUCAGCACAAAACAAGCAGACCAGAACACGGGUUCAGAAGCGGCCGCUUCGAUAACGCGAUCGACUAUCCGUGCACCACGACCACAGGUUACAGGACUGAAGAUGCGCUUCCUUCCCACUGGCUUUAGUGGCAAUGACGCCGGGAUUAUUGGUGAUUCAGAUGACGAGACUGAAGCGCCACGGGAGACUGCGGGACUUGGGAUGCCGAAUGGACUCAAUCUACCCUCGAAGAAGCCAAAGAGGAAACAUGCUGAUGUCAAUGGUGUCGAUACGCCUGAAGUGCCAUCAAAGAAGACCAAGAAGCACCGGGAUCCAGAGGAGACCAAGAGAAAAGAGGAAAAGAAAGCAAAGAAGGAUAAAAAGCGGGCGAAGGAAGCGGCAAUGGCUUGA